AUGACCCGUUCAGUCCACUUCGAUGUCUUUCCCCCUGCACUUGGGCUCACGCUGCGGGUCCCUGAAACCGACCGCGCAGGGGCCCCCGACUUGUUCGCGCUUUCCCCCAUUUGGCGCUUUCUUUGCGCCCCGCUUUGGACGGCGUCUCCCCGCCGGUGUCCCACCCGUCCACCCAGCGGCCUCUUUGGCUUUCUGCCGAUCCGGCAGGAGACUCCAAUGGAUAAAGAAGAGAACGGCCAGGCCGGGGAACCACUCUCUGAGAAGUCCGUGACGUCACCGGUGCGGGGGGCCAGUGACCCUCACACUGGGGUCCCACAUCGCAUCGUCCCCGCACAGGACGGGCCCAGCGGCCGCCGGGGGGCGCAGGUACCAGUAGCGAUCGCGAUUUCGGAACCGCACGGAAUCGGCAGCGGACUCCGUCCUUCGUCCCUCGGCGGCGUCAAGGGCGCUCACACACACCGGGGCGGGCUGCGAGGAGUCCCGGUCCGGUCUCAGCCUCCUCCUCCUCCUCCUGCUUCGGGAUCCAGGAGCGGACGCACUCACCUGGUACAGCUCUCCUCCCACCCCCAGGCCCUGGUUCACACUCUGAGAGGAUGCUGGGGAUUCAAGCGUCCUCCAGCACUCCAGCGAUGUGACCGUACCUCCCACGACGGACAGCUAUUCAACCGUUCGCAGCUUCACGUGCCCAAGGGAGGAGAGGGCCUCAAGAGUCGCUGGAUUCUGAGAUCUGAAUGUGGAUUGGAGAUGGAAUUUGAAGUGCAGCUCCGAACAGUAACUUGCAGACCAGGAAACAGCCGCUUCACUGAUACACGCCUGCCUAUGCAUGAAUGCGGUCAACACUCCAUUGCAUGAAUAGGACUUGGAGACCACAGCACUUAGAGUAAAUUAUAACACCCAGGAGAUGUCCAAUUAACUG